CGUCAUGUCCGUUUCCUCACCCGAGCAGAAGGAGACAACAGCAUGGCUGACACCGGGCUGUUAGAAUCACUCUUGCGGCUGCUGGAGAAAGUAGACGACGGCAUUGACAGCCAGAAUGUGGCAGUGGAUCUCGGGGUGGAUCAUCAGCUGAUCGUCGGGGCGGUGAAGAGUCUGCAGGCGCUGGGAGAGGUGAUUUCAGCAGAGCAGCGGUCGUCCAAACACUGGGAGUUGACAGGAGAGGGUUGUGAGAUUGCAGAGCAGGGCAGCCAUGAAGCCCGAGUGUUCAGUGCAAUCCCUGACGAGGGUCUGCCCCAGAAUGAACUCAUGAAAAUGCAGAGUGGAAAGGUGGGUUUCAGCAAAGCCAUGUCCAACAAAUGGAUCCGUUUGGAUAAAGCCCAUGAGGGAGGACCCAGAGUCUUCAAAUCCGUGGAAAGCAUUGAGGACACAGUAAGGGACAAACUCCAGUUGGUGCAGAAAGGACAGUCAUCAAAACUGGAGGAGAAAGUGAAGAAUGAACUCAAGAAACGCAAACUGCUUUCAGAAGUGACUGUGAAGUCUUACUGGAUCACUAAAGGCAGCAGCUUCAGCACCACAAUCACCAAACAAGAGACGGAACUCACUCCAGAGAUGAUCGCCAGUGGGAGCUGGAAGGAGAAGAAAUUUAAGCCGUAUAACUUUGAGGCAAUGGGUGUGGCUCCAGACUGCGGCCACUUGCACCCGCUCAUGAAGGUCCGCACGCAGUUCAGACAGAUCUUCCUGGAGAUGGGGUUCACAGAAAUGCCAACCAAUAACUUCAUUGAGAGCUCCUUCUGGAACUUUGACUCUCUGUUUCAACCUCAGCAGCAUCCAGCUAGAGACCAACACGACACCUUUUUCCUCUCUGACCCAGCAUUGGCUCAUGAGUUUCCUCAGGACUAUCUGGAGAGAGUAAAGAAGGUUCAUUCUGAAGGAGGUUAUGGAUCACAGGGAUACAAAUAUGACUGGAAAAUUGAAGAAGCUCAGAAGAACAUCCUUCGAACACACACCACGGCGGUCAGCGCUCGGAUGCUGUAUAAACUCGCUCAGCAGGAGAAGUUUACACCAGUGAAAUACUUUUCCAUCGAUCGGGUUUUCCGCAAUGAAACUCUGGACGCCACUCACCUGGCGGAGUUUCACCAGAUCGAGGGCGUCGUGGCCGACUACGGUCUGACCCUGGGUGACCUCAUGGGCAUUCUGCACCAGUUCUUUACCAAACUAGGAAUCACAAAGCUGCGCUUUAAGCCCGCAUACAACCCUUACACGGAACCCAGUAUGGAAGUGUUCAGCUAUCAUGAAGGUUUGAAGAAGUGGGUGGAAGUGGGUAACUCUGGGGUCUUCAGACCAGAGAUGUUGCUGCCCAUGGGUUUACCUGAGGGAGUGUCAGUCAUUGCCUGGGGUCUGUCCUUGGAGAGGCCCACCAUGAUCAAGUACGGAAUUAACAACAUCCGGGAGCUCGUAGGCCACAAAGUGAACCUACAGAUGGUGUACGACAGCCCUAUAUGUCGACUGGACUCUUAAAUCAUACACACUCAUCUCUCCAGGCGGACAAUCUGCCAUUCACGAAAAGCUUCAUUUAUACAUUUUGACUGGUCUGCAUUGUCAUUGUCUAUCUAAGCCAUAACACAAAUGCUGAACUACACAAGCUGCUCGGGCAUUAGGUAUGAGGACCGUAUUGGACAGGCCGAAGCACUGGCGUAUUUGUGUUGGAAGAAAGAAAACAUUAAAUUUUUGCAUGUGGAAUGUUGUAACAACGUUAAGUCAUCUAAUUACCAACGUUGUUUUCCAGUCACCACCAGAUAUAGAAAACCCUUCUAGCUUCCACCUCAAUCAAAGAAUCUUUACUUUCUGAUCUGUCUAUUAGGUUACAUUAUUUGAACUGAUAUGUCACAUUUCCACUGCUGUUUGUCAUUCAGAGCUCUGUUAAAAUAGCCACUUUGCUCAAAUAUUGAAGUCCUCAUAUUAUAGAAGUACUAAAUUAAAAAUGGCUCAAAUCGCCAAUAUGA